CGCACUUCUCCAUUUCGGCGUGAGUGCAUCGACGAACUCGCGCAUGGAGGGAGAUGGCAAAGGCCAACAUGGAGCAGCAACGUCCGAAGCCUAAACCUCUCGCCUUGCUCUUCGUCUCCCUAUCGCUCUACCUUCAAUUUAGUCGAGCCUAUUCAAGCUCGCUUUCUCUGCAAGUGAAACAAGGUUUUCAAGGGUCUGCAGCUGCUAGAGGCUUGAAGCAAGAUCAGGGGAAUAUUCAUGAACAUGAAAUACACUGUUCGAGAGAGCGGAGCAGAGCCGCAUCAAAAGUAAUGGAGGAGUAUCUGAUGCCCUUUAUAGAAAGAGAGAGGUAUCAGCUUCCAAAUAAGUGUAGGCUUCACCCUGAUUAUAACUUAUACAGAGAUCAGGAGCAACAUAAGAUCCAUGUGGAUAUAAAUGAAUGGCGAUGUGGGUAUUGCCGAAAGAGCUUCUAUGAAGAAAAAUUUCUCGAUCAGCAUUUUGAUAACAGACACUAUGAUUUGCUAAAUGUGAGUCAAGGAAAAUGCUUGGCAGAUUUAUGUGGAGCAUUGCAUUGUGACCUUAUGAUGGAUUCCGUGCAGAAGAAGACUAAGUGUAAUCCUGCUGCUGCAGUGAGAAAUAAACAUUCAUGCGAGAGCUUAGCAGAUAGCUGCUUUCCAGUCAAAGAAGGUCCUUCAGCGAGCCGUCUACAUGAAUUCUUCUUGCGCCAAUUCUGUGAUGCCCAUACUUGCAACGGACGUCAAAAGCCCUUCUCUAAGGGUCGCAGAGAGAGAAGAAGCAUAUUCUUCAUCUCCAUGUCGCUUCUGGUUCUCUUGCUGUUGCCACUUUUCUAUCUUUUCGUUUACUUGUAUCAAAGGGGAAUAAGAAGAGGUACACAAGAUUUGAGGCGCGUCACAGAGAGCACAAGGAAGAAAAAACCAUCUUGAGUUCGUGGGUUUACAACCUCUUUAAGCAUGAUAUUGACCUUUUCUUCCCUUUCUUUCUGUAAUAUUGGAUUUCGCAUUAGAACCCAACGUAGUUGUGGGGUUAAUCAACACCCAGGUUGGGUGUGUUUUGACUCCCAUUUGUUUCCUAGUAGGUUAUUUGGUAAAAAAAAGGAAAAG